GUGGGCUGGGCUGGGAAUGCAGCAGGAGGUGGAGGGAGGCAGGGCUAUUUAAGGCCAGGCUGAGGGCCGGCUGGCUGGCAACCCCAGUAGCCUGUCCUGUGAGCUGCAACCAUGGAUGAUAUCUACAAGGCUGCGGUAGAGCAGUUGACAGAAGAACAGAAGAAUGAGUUCAAGGCUGCCUUUGAUAUCUUUGUCCUGGGAGCGGAGGAUGGCUGCAUCAGCACCAAGGAGCUGGGCAAGGUGAUGAGGAUGCUGGGCCAGAACCCCACACCUGAGGAGCUGCAGGAGAUGAUCGAUGAAGUGGACGAGGAUGGCAGCGGCACAGUGGACUUCGAUGAGUUCCUUGUCAUGAUGGUUAGGUGCAUGAAGGAUGACAGCAAAGGGAAGUCUGAAGAGGAGCUGUCGGAUCUCUUCCGCAUGUUUGACAAAAAUGCCGAUGGCUACAUUGACUUAGAUGAACUGAAGAUGAUGCUGCAGGCCACAGGCGAGACCAUCACAGAAGAUGACAUUGAGGAGCUCAUGAAAGACGGCGACAAGAACAACGAUGGCCGGAUUGACUAUGACGGUGAGCAGCUGGGAGGACCAGGUCCCCUGCUGUUCGUCCUCUACCAGCUCUUACCUCUCUGA